AUGUUUGUGAAACCUGGAGUUCCUGAAUUGGUUGGUAGUGUGAAGUCUGUUGUGGUGGUUCAGUGUGAAUGGAGUGAGCGGUCGGACCAGGAUGUAGCUGAUGUGUCGUCUGAUGGUAUCCUGCGUUUGGACCUGGAUCUUGAGAAUGCCUUGAUGCCUAAUGGCACCCAGCACUCCAGUGUGGAUGGCACUGAAACCCCGAGAGAGGCCAUCAAAGCCUUGACUCCUCCGUCCAAUGCCGGUGAAAAUGCAGAGAAAAGGGAGGAUGAGGCUCAGACUGAGCCGGAGGUCAGUCCUCAGAAAAAGGUAAUCAAACCUCCCAUGCCCCCUACCAAAGAGGCUAAACCUAACCCAACGCCUGAGGAUGAGCCUGAUAAGGAGGAAGGCUCAGAGAAAAAGGUCCUGAAGCCACCCAUGCCUCCAUCUAAAGAAGCCAAGCCCACAGCCUCACCUGAAGACACAGAGGAGGGGAAAGCUGAGCAGAUGUCUGAAAAGACUCCUGAUGCCAGGAAGAAGACAGUUCCACCACCAACCCCUCCCAACAAACCUGGCUCCUGCAGCUCCAUUAGCAACCUAGCAGAGGCCUCACAGUCCCACCCUCCUACCCCUCCAUCAAAAGAGAAGAAACCUUCUGUGGAGCCAGACCAAGAGUUGGAAGGCACAACAGAUGAGGAUGAGGAGAAUGAAGAAAGUGAUAAGAAGGAGGCGACAGGAACAGCUGUGGAAACUGACCUCCCCAUUUCUAAAGAAGCUCCACCUAAACCUGGGAGUCCCAGCGCAGACGGGCAGGUAAUUGAAGAAGAAUCAGGGGAGACAAUAAGUAAUGGCAUUAAAGUAUCUGAAAAUGACCCACACAUUCCCAAAGAGCAACUCAGAAAGAAUUCCAGCCCUCCUCCUACACCCAAGAAGAAGCCUGCUCAGCCCAACUCGCAUAAGGCAGACGACAAGACAAUGGUAACCCAGGCAAAAGAGGGACAGGACCCUGCUGCUUCACUGCAAACAGAUACCGCUGCCAGUUCCCCUGAAGCAGUAGAGGCUCCACCCAAGAUUGAGGUCCCCUCAGUCGUCGUCUCUUUGAAUACUCCGCUCUCUGACGGCCUCAGCCUGAGUCCGCUGCUCUGUCACCUGCCUGGGGAGAAGAAGAAGAAGGCGGAGGAGAAGUCUGUGGACAGCGGUCAGCACUCUGACGAUGACAGCGAAGGCUCUGGCAACGAAGACACACUGGCAGCUUCCACCGCCGCAUUGAGAGGAAGAAACCCUGGGCUGGAUGUGUUGGACGCCAGCGAGGACGAGAUUCAGGUUCCCGUCACUUUGAAGCCAACAAAAGCACCACCCAAGCCUCAGGUCAAACCUAAGUUCUUUCCCUGUCGGCACUCCGAGCCCCCUCCUCCGUCUCUUUCACCCUCGACCAAGGCCAGGUCCGCCUCCAUUGGAGAUCUGCUGUCUGACUCGUCAGUCUGUGUUCAGGCACACACAGCUGUGGCCCGAGGCAACGCGGCUCCUGGUGAUGAUUUCAUGAAACUUGAGACUGAAGUGGCGCUGGAGAUGGAAAAGACGCAGCAGCUCCUGAGCAGAGUGUCCAAGGCUAAGGGGGGAGCCGACGGGGAUGGAGUACCAGAGGAUCUUCUGGCCAAGGCCAUGGAGAAGCUGAAGAAGGCUGACCACGUCCUGAGAGAGGUCCAUAAACUGAAAGUUGCUAAGGACUCAAGAAACAGGAACAGCUGGUAAAUGUUGGCCAGAGCAGGUUGACUGGGAAUCGACCAUUCGCUAAACCUCUCUUCUGAACAGAGGUUGUCCAAUCAUAGUUUAGCAAUCUGCAAUAUGCACAGCAAGCCUGUUAAGCUCUUGAUUUCUACACAAACGGUACGGUUUGCAAGGGGCUGAAGUAAAAAGAAAUAUUGGAUAUAAAAAGUUUUUUUCUUUUCCUUUCCAAAACUGAAAACGUGAGCGGAAAUGUAAGGAAUAGAUAACAUGGUGUGUUUGCCCGCUGUAAUGUAAGCUGCAAUUAUUGGCCUUUUUUUGUCUCAAUUUGGAUACUUCUGUAAACACUUCGACUGUGUAAACUGUACAUACAUGCGUCGUGCAUGAAUCUUGGGAAACUUUUCCAAAAGCUCUUAAGAAACUCGCUACCUUCCAUUCUUGUUCAAUGCUUAACAGAUUUUUGCCAAGCAAGGAUUUCAAUCUAGGCACGUCCACCUUUUCGUCCUUAUGAGCACUCAAUCCAGGUUCUAAUAAGCACUGCAUUUGACCAUAGUUGUCAGUGUGCACGCUCUCAAAUGAAGAAUUGUAGGCAAGUUUAGACACAACAGAUGCGUGGCUAACUAGCUUACGCUGCUACUACUGUACCUAUAGUCGCAAAUGAGCAUUACUUCCAAGGUCUUUCAAGUAGCUUAACAUAACUAGCUCCCUUAGUUUGUGAGUUAAAAAAGCAAGCUCAGUUUACAUCUAGCACAGGGGUGCCCAUUACGAAGAUCGCGAUCGACCAGUCGAUCGCAAAGGUAGUGUGGGUAGAUGAAAUGGCAUUGAAAAAAAAAAUUGAAAACAAAAAAGUUUUAAAGUUAG